AGGCCAGCAAAUGUUUUUUAUUAUAUUUCUUUUUUUUUAUUUAAUCAAAAAGAGAUUGUAAAAUAUUACAGUAAGACACUCCUCUGCUGUCUGUCUAUUAUGUACAGGCCCCCUCCACACCAGUGGUAAAGUGAGUUGAUAACUGAAUUAGUAAUUUCCUCCACCAGGUGUUGCUACUACGCAGCUGUGUAAGUGACAGGGAGCUGGGUGAAGCAUGGCAAGGGUAAAAAUACAGAUCCCUCACUACAUUGCAUAGGCCUAUGAUAUACUCAACAAUAACCUUUCACGUUUGGCUCUGUGAGUGAUAAUGGAUCAAUGUGAUAACCAGAUAAUGUCCUGAACAAUAUCAAAGUCAAAAUCUUGCACAUUUGUACCAGUCAAAGUUCACUCUAAGCAAUAAACCCUCCAUGGAGAUGUCAUACACACCCUAGAAAAAAAUACUUCACUAUGUGCAAGCCUUUGCUGGUUAAACAAUUAUAAAACCUCACUGGAUUUUUAUUUUAAGUGGGUCUUUAGUUGCUGCCAGAGCAGUGUGUAAAAUUUUGUGAUAGAUUAGUAUUUACAAAAUGCCUCAAGGCUUACCAGCCGUUCUGGAGGAGUGGAAAUGUCUGGAAGAAGAGUAUCAACAACUUCAGGAGACACACAGAAAGUACUUACAGAAACUGGAUGAAAUUUCCAAACUGCAAAACAGCUGCUCUUCCUCCAUUUCCAUACAGCGCAAAAGAUUAAAGGACGUAUCUCGCCAAGUGAAAAAAUGCACCACAGGACCAUCAGAAGAAGAUGCUAAGACCUUGGAUGACAUAAAAGAGAAAAUAAAGAUGCGACCAAAUGCUUUCUUUGAAAUGGAGGCUUUCCUUCCCAAGAAAAAUGGGCUGUACCUCAGUCUGGUUCUGGGAAAUGUGAAUGUCACUCUACUCAGCAAGCAGUCAAAAUUUGCCUACAAAGAUGAAUAUGAGAAGUUCAAGCUGUACCUCACAAUCUUCCUGCUGCUGUUCUCCUUCUUUUGCUAUUUCUUUGUGAGCUACAGAUUUCUUGAUGCAAUCUUCAAUUUCCUGCUGGUGUGGUACUAUUGUACAUUAACUAUCAGGGAAAGCAUCCUCAUUGCCAACGGCUCCAGAAUCAAAGGCUGGUGGGUUUCUCAUCACUACGUCUCAGCUUUUCUGUCCGGUGUAAUGCUGACAUGGCCAGAUGGGAACCUAUACAAGACAUUCAGGAACCAGUUCCUUGCUUACUUCUUGUACCAAAGUUUUGUUCAGUGUCUGCAGUGCUAUUAUCAGAGCGGGUGUCUGUACAGACUGCGAGCUCUGGGAGAAAGACACAACAUGGAUCUGACCGUGGAGGGAUUUCAGUCGUGGAUGUGGAAAGGGCUGACGUUUCUUUUGCCCUUCCUCUUUUUUGGUCAUUUCUGGCAGCUCUUCAAUAGCCUCUCUCUCUUCAAAAUGGCUCAGCUCCCAGACUGUAAAGAAUGGCAGGUCCUGAUGUGUGGUCUCUGCUUCCUUAUUCUGUUCAUGGGAAACUUCUUCACUACUGUCGCCGUGGUCCGCCAGAAGCUGAAGAGCAGGAAUCAGAAACUAAAGAAUAUGUGAUAUAUACUAAUAAAUGAAAAAAAAACAA